AGGUGAGUCUAACGUGAAGCGGCUGAAAUCACUUUUCCGUUCGUCCUUUCGUCCCCGUCUCUACGUGACGGCCGCUCCGGUGCAUGUUUGUGUUUUAGUAGCUGUUGUUUACCGGAUGUUGUUUGUUUACGCCGUGUUAGCUGAGUGUUAAUCACAGUUAGCCUGUCUCAGCUAACCGAGCUGAGCCGGGAGCUCGGUCCCUCACACCGGACACACCGGCUCAUCAUCAGGCUCUGACCGCUGCUUCCUGUUUUGAAGAUCGUUGGCGGGUUUUGACUCGUAGCGACAGAGACCAGGCUCAGGGUUUGAGACGUGGUUGCCAUGGAGCCGGCCUGGCGACAGCAGGGUCGGGGCCGAGGGCGGAGCCAAGAGGGUCAGAGCGAAAAGUCACGCCCUCCGCAGAAAGAACGGGAGAGGCCAGGAGGGGCAGGAGGAGGGGCAGGAGGGGCAGGAGGAGCUGCGGGGGGGUGGGGGGCGGGACGAGGGGGGAGGGCGAAGACCGCGGCAGCACCUGCACCCGAGCCCCCGCACGGUGCGUCGGUUCAGUCCAAGUUCGAGGAGAUCAGGAAGUCCAACCAGGCUGCUGCUCAGCGAUUGGUGGAGAGCCGCGUCAGCUCCUCCUCUGAUGAAGACGAUGAUGAUGAUUACAAUGAUGGAGGUGUUGACUGUAAGGAUGGAAAGAGAGGGAAGAUCCUGGCGUCGACCUUCACCACCUACACGGACCAGACAGGUAAGACCCAGACAGGUACGGCCCAGACAGGUGGGGACGCCACAGGUCUGCUGAGGACCGGUCAGUAUGUCAGUGACCUGUUUCAGUCCGGAGCUCUCACCUGUCUGAUCUGCAUCGCCUCCGUCAAGAGGACGCAGCCGGUGUGGAGCUGUUCCAGCUGUUUCUCCCUCUUCCACCUCCCCUGUAUUCAGAAAUGGGCCAGAGACUCUGUCUUCCUCGUGUCCUCCGUCACUGACGAAGACUUCGGUCAGAAGCAGCAUCCCUGGCCCUGUCCAAAGUGCAGAGCUGAGUAUCCAGCGACCGCGACGCCCAACAGGUACAUGUGUUACUGUGGGAAGCUGCAGGAUCCUCCAGCUGACCCCUGGUUGGUUCCUCACUCCUGCGGCUCCAUCUGUCAGAAGGAGCUCAAACCCAGCUGUGGACACACCUGUCUGCUGCUCUGUCACCCCGGUCCCUGUCCUCCCUGUCCAAAGAUGGUGUCAGUUUCCUGUAUGUGCGGCAAAGCUAAGCCCCUCCCCCGUCGCUGUAGUAACAAGGCCUGGUCCUGUCAGCAGCACUGCGGCAAGUUGUUACCCUGCAAACAGCACACCUGUACACAGCCCUGUCACACAGAGUGCCGUCCCUGUCCCAGGGUCAGCGUCCAGAAGUGUGUGUGUGGACGAGAGCAGGCGGAGAGACCCUGUGCCAGCCCUGAGUGGACCUGUCCACAGGUGUGUGGUGCUGUCCUCUCCUGUGGGAAUCACACCUGUGAGGUUGUGUGUCAUGACGGAGUUUGUCCUCCGUGUCCUCGCUCCGUCAGCAGAUCCUGUCCGUGCGGCAAGACCAAGUCGUCUCUGCCGUGCACUGAGGAAGUGAUGCCGUGUGGCGACACGUGUGACCGCCGUCUGUCAUGUGGGAAACACACCUGUUCAAUGAGGUGUCACCGAGGGAGCUGUGAGACCUGCAGACAGGAGGUGGAGAAGGAGUGCAGGUGUGGUAAAUACAGGAAGUUGAUGCCGUGUCAUAAAGAAUACCUGUGUGACUCCAAGUGUCCAAAAACCAGAAGCUGCCAGAGACACCAGUGCAGGAGGAAGUGUUGCCCUGGUAACUGCCCCCCCUGUGAUCAGAACUGUGGUCGGACUUUGGGGUGUCGAAACCACAAGUGUCCCUCCGUCUGUCACCAAGGUAGCUGCUACCCCUGUCCAGAGUCUGUGGAGGUCACAUGUGCGUGUGGGUCCACUGUGCUGUCCGUCCCUUGUGGUCGAGAGAGAAGCACCAGACCACCUCGCUGCAGAGAGCCCUGCAGGUGUCCUGCGUCCUGCCACCAUCCGACCAGAGAGACUCACCGGUGCCACCCCGGCCCCUGUCCCCCCUGCAGGCAGACCUGCCUGCUGCCGCUGCCUGGCUGCAACCACACCUGUCCACAGCCCUGCCACGACCUGGUGCUGGUCAAGUCCCAGCAGGUUCAGUUAGCAGGUCCGUGGGAGCAGCCGUCUGAACCAGCGUUUGUGAGGAAAGCUCUGCCCUGUUCGGCCUGUGAAGUACCAAUACCAACGUCCUGUUUUGGAGGACAUGAGGUGAGCCCGGUGCCGUGUCACCGCCAGGGUCCGUUCUCCUGUAAACGAGCCUGUGGACGACCUUUGACCUGCGGCAACCACAGCUGCAGCAGGGAGUGUCACCUGGUUACCGACAGCAACAAGUGUGAGGCGUGUGAGGAGGGCUGCUCCAAGCCCCGCCCCCCCGGCUGUCCCCACCCCUGCCCCCGCCCCUGUCACCCCGGCGACUGCCCCCCCUGCAGCCAGAUGAUUCGCCAGCGCUGCCACUGCAAGAUCAGCAUGCUCUACGUGGAGUGCACGAAACUGACAUCAGCUGAUGAACAGACGAAGGUGGAGCUGAGCUCCUGCAACAACCAGUGUCCUAAAGAGCUGAACUGUGGUCAUCGCUGUAAGCAGCUGUGUCAUCCAGGUGUGUGUGAGGAGAAGUGUCAGCAGAAGGUGAAGCUCCGCUGCUCCUGCAAGAGGAUCAGGAAGGAGUUCCCGUGCUCUCUGUCGGCUCAGCGUGUUCAGUGUGACGACGCCUGCAGAGACCAGCAGAGGAAAGUCAUCCAGCUGAAGGAGGCGGAGCAGAGAGCAGCUCAGGAGGAGGAGCAGAGGAAGCUUCAGGAGGAGCUGGAGGCGUUUGAGAAGCGUCAGCAGCGAGGAGGUCGGAGGAGCAAGAAGCGGGGGAGGAGGGAGGAGGCGGACGACGAGCGGGGGAGGGCGGGGAGGUGGUGGAGGAAGUGCGCUGCCUUCGUUCUCGUCCCGCUCGGCGGAGCUCUGCUGUCCGCCGCCGCCUACUACUUCCUGACGACGCCCUGAAGCUGCCUGUCAUUCUGCUGCCAUGUUUCUGUGCUCGCCGCUGCCUCGCCUUCACCUGGCGUCUUCCUUCAUCCAGACUCCGUCUCUGAUCAGCCUCAGUUUCCUUCUCAACACGUGAAUAUUCGUCCUUAUGUCGAAUUGGUUCCUUCGUUCGUAGCAGUUUAAGUUUAGUUUGUUCCUGUUGGAAUUCAGGUGAUGUCACGGCGUGAUGUCACGGCGUGACGUCAUGGCGUGGCGUCACAUGAUUUUGAUUUUAUUUUGUUUCCUUUGGUGCUGAAAUGUUCAUUCUUUUUUUGAAGAUUGAAAAAAUAAAAUGUAUGAAACACUU